AUGGCUACUUCCGGCGCCUCAUCAUCUACUAGGAACCCACCGCUGAGGAAUCUUCAGACUCGAUUAAUGGCGAUGCUGGAGAUGUUCAAAGCACUAACCAUUUUCUCGAAUACUCUGGGGGAGGUAACAUCGAUUCAACAAAUCCAAGUGAGGUUGGAAAAGCUGAAUGAUUUAUGGGACAAGGUCAACGAUGCUAUCAUGGAUGUAGAAAUGCAUGAUGAGUAUUCGGCAAAGGAAGGCACAUGUCCAAGCAUUAGGUUGGACUUCACCACACGCUUCUACGAUGCUAAGGCGAGCAUGUUAGACCGGAUCAAGGAGUUAGAAGGCAACGCAGCGAACACCAGUGUUCUGCAGUCCACCCGCAUCAUGGAUUCAUCCAUUCAGCCAGUAACGGAGCACGUGAGGUUACCCCAAAUUAGGCUCCAGACGUUCGACGGCAACAUAGAUCAGUGGUUAAGUUUCCGGGAUCUUUUCCUGUCGCUGAUCCAUUCCAAGGUGGACUUACCGGAUGUUGAAAAAUUCCAUUAUCUGAAGGGAUGCCUAGCCGGAGAAGCCAGAGCUCUCAUCGACCCUUUGGCAUUGACAAGGGCCAACUACACCAUCGCCUGGGAAACACUGAUGACGAGAUACAACGAUAGUAAGGUCUUGAAACGCAGACAAGUGGCAAACCUAUUCAAACUCCCAAAGGUUACAAAGGAAUCGUCAUCGGAAAUUCAGGUAUUACUGGAAGGCUUCGAGCGAGUGGUGCAAACUUUGGAUCAACUGGUGAAGACCGAGGAUUACAAAGAUCUAUUGCUGUUGGAGGUAUUGUGCGCUAGGUUGGAUCCCGUAACUCGUCGUGCGUGGGAGGAGCACAGCGCGCUGCAGACCCAGGAUACCGUAAAAGAUCUCACCCAAUUUCUACAAACGCGAGUCAAAAUCCUUGCCUCAUUACCAUCAAAGACUCAGGAUACGAAGCUGGAACCCUCAAAACCUCUUAAAAAGAACUUCGCCUCUAGAACGAGCUACAGCGCAGCUCAGGUGUCAUCCGUAACGUGUAUUGCUUGCCCAGAGUCUCAUCUGCUUUACACGUGUCCGACGUUUUUAAGGUUGAGUCCAUCCGCUCGCGAUAAACUAUUGAGGCAGCAUUCUCUAUGCAGAAAUUGUUUCCGACGUGGUCACCAAGCUACAGAAUGCAGAUCCAUGCAAGUGUGUCGUAAAUGCAGAGGAAAGCACCACACUUUAGUGUGCUUCAGAGAAGAUGAAGGAGUCUAUCGGAACCCACGAACAGCAACACCCCCCAGAAGAGGUCAACAAUCAUCUCAGCCAACAGAUACAUCAGCAGGAACAGUCUCGUCAAAUGUUGCCAGGAACCAUUCAUCGACGAUAAUUCUCGCCACAGCAGUCGUUUUGGUUGAAGAUGACACAGGAAAGGCUUUCCACGCAAGGGCUUUACUAGACUCCGGAUCAGAAAGCAACUUCAUGACAGAGAGGCUCUGUCAGCGGAUGAAGAUCUCCCGAAGGCGUUCCAAUAUCUCGGUGCUUGGGAUCGGCAACGCAAACACAACUGUGACGUACCAGAUUUCAGCAGUUGUCAGGUCACGCACAACUAGUUUUGUUAAAAAUAUGGAGUUUCUACUUCUACCAACGGUUACCGCAGAUCUGCCUACAACCAGCGUUACAGUAUCAUUAUGGAAGUUCCCACAGGGUGUGGAACUAGCAGAUCCAGGUUUUUUCCAAUCGAAGGCGAUAGAUAUGGUACUUGGUAUACAGCAUUUCUUUUCGUUCUUCCAAACCGACAACAAAAUCCCGCUAGGCAAUGGAUUGCCCAUGCUGAUAGAUUCAGUAUUUGGUUGGUUAGUCACCGGAGCAGUUGAACACCAGGGUUCAACUCGGCGCAUCGUUUGCAAUACGGCUUCUACAGUACAUCUAGAUGAACUUCUCACCAAGUUUUGGUCGUGUGAGGAGAUAGGGUCUCCGAACAUAUUUUCCCCGGAAGAACAACGCUGCGAGGCGCAGUUUGUUCGCACAAUCAAGAGGAGUUCUGAUGGGCGAUAUACUGUGGGUUUACCGAAGAACGACCAUGUAUUUUCGACGAUGGGCGAGUCGCGAGGCAUAGCACUUCAGCGACUGCAUGGCUUGGAACGUAGAUUGGCGAGAGAUCCCGAGUUGCGAAACCAAUACAACCAGUUUAUGGAGGAGUACGUGGACCUAGGGCACAUGCGUAGGGCGCAUGUGGGCCCAGAGAAGCGUUGUUAUUUACCACACCAUCCGGUCAUCAAACAGGCAAGCACAACAACCAAGGUUCGAGUGGUAUUUGAUGCAUCGUGUAAGAGCAGCAGUGGCGUUUCCCUGAACGAUGCACUCCUGGCAGGACCUGUGAUCCAAGACGAGCUACGAGCCCUUAUCAUGCGUUGCCGAAUGAAGCGGAUAAUGAUUGUCGCAGAUGUCGAGAAAAUGUUCCGACAAAUAGGUAUCGAUAGAGCAGACAUGCCACUUCAAAGCAUUCUGUGGAGGAAAGAUUCAUCGGAGAACGUGGAAACGUAUGAACUCACCACCGUUACAUACGGUACAAAACCGGCACCGUUUCUCGCUACCAGAACACUGAAGCAGUUGGCCACAAAUGAGCAGGAAUCAUAUCCAAUGGGAUCCAAGGCAAUCAUGGAAGACGUCUACAUGGAUGACGUUUUGACUGGAACGGAUAACGAAGAAGCGGCUUCGAUACUCUGCGAACAACUUAUCAGCCUAACGAAACGUGGAGGGUUUCGACUAAGAAAGUUCGCAUCCAAUUCGCCAACGGCCUUGCGAUUAGUAGACGAGGAAGACCUUGCGUUGCCGCAUACGACCGAAAUACUAUUGGAUCCAGACCCGGCAGUCAAAACCCUAGGACUUGUGUGGCAACCCCGAACUGACAUCUUGCGAUUCAACUUCACCAUAUUGGAUACCCCGGAAAACGAAAGGCUAACGAAACGAAAAAUUCUGUCGGCAAUAGCAAUGUUAUUCGACCCGCUUGGUAUGGUAGGAGCUGUCACCACAACUGCCAAAAUUUUCAUGCAGAGGCUGUGGAAAUUGAACGAGAAAGGAGAAAGGCUUGGCUGGGAUCAUCCGGUUCCACCUGAAGUUGAACGAGAAUGGCAUAAUUUCCAUCGGCAGCUCCACUUGAUGAACGAGUUGAAGAUACAGCGUUGUGCAAUCAUCCCAAAUUCCGUUAAGAUGGAGCUGCAUUUCUUCUCAGACGCAUCGGAGAAGGCGUAUGGUGCCUGCGCAUACAUUAAAAGCAUCGAUCCACAAGGAAAGAUUUUCGUGCAUCUACUAGCGUCGAAAUCGAAGGUCGCCCCUCUGAAAUGCCAGUCGAUACCCAGGUUGGAGCUGUGCGGAGCACUUUUAUCAGCUGAAUUAUCCGGAAAGGUACGAGAGGCGUUGAAGGUCGAAACGGAGAUGUUUUUCUGGACGGAUUCAACAUGCGUACUGCAGUGGUUGAAGGCGAUUCCUACGACGUGGGCUACGUUCGUUGCAAACCGUGUAGCGAAAAUCCAAUCAGCGACGGAGAACUGUGUUUGGAGACAUGUUCCAGGGGUACAGAAUCCAGCAGAUCUAAUUUCCCGUGGCUUAAAUCCCGAUCAGAUCCAGGAGAACAAACUUUGGUGGAAUGGUCCCGAAUGGCUCCUGAAAAAUUAUUAUCCGGAACAACCCAGCAGCUUUUACACUGAGGUAGCAGAUGCAGAAGUUCGGCAUGUUGCAGCGAACCUGACAACAAGUCAGACCGAUUUCGGAAUGGAAUACGUUAGCAAAUUCUCGUCGUUCAACAAGCUUAUACGCAGCACCGCAUACUGGAUGCGACUGAUGCGAAUUUUGAGGAAAAACGAAACAAAUCCCAAUAGUUUUCUAACGGUGGUGGAGCUUAGAGAUGCCGAAUACGCCGUAAUCCGCCAAAUACAGCAGGAGACGUUUCCCGAAGAAUGGAAGUGCCUAGCCGAAGGGAAGGAUGUUCAUCGAAGUUCACCCCUAAGAUGGUUCGUUCCUCGAAUUUCUUUGGAGAAUUUGAUACGAGUUGGCGGCCGAUUAGGGAAAUCGGAGGCGUCAGAAGAUACCAAACACCCUAUAGUCUUACCAGCGAAACACCCUUUUACAGUUAUGUUGUACGAACACUAUCAUCAGAAGUUGAUGCACGCUGGAUCACAGUUGUUGCUUAGUUCCGUUCGUUUGAAGUAUUGGCCACUUGGAGGUCGGAAUGUUCCCCGACAGAUUGUACACAACUGUAAGCAGUGUUUCCGCUCCAAGCCGAGUCCCAUUCAGCAGUUCAUGGGUGAACUACCUUUAGCACGUGUAACAAGAUCCAGACCGUUUUCCAAGACCGGCGUGGACUACUUUGGACCAGUAUACGUUCGCUUAGCACCAAGACGACCAGCAAUCAAGGCAUACGUAGCAGUUUUUAUCUGUCUUUGCACAAAGGCGGUACACCUCGAGCUAGUCUCAGACCUUUCAACGGACCGUUUCUUACAAGCAUUGCGACGAUUCACUGGGAGAAGAGGACAUUGUUCGGAUAUUUAUUCAGAUAAUAGGACUAACUUCGUUGGAGCUCGCAACUUUCUACGAGAAUUGCUAAAUCUUUUGCGUAAUCGUCAACAUCAGGAGAAGGUGUCCAAGGAGUGUGCAACAAACCAUAUACAAUGGCAUUUCAUCCCUCCAGCAGCUCCUCACUUUGGAGGCCUUUGGGAAGCAGCAGUUCGAUCGGCCAAGAAGCAUCUUCUCAAGGUUCUUGGAGAAAACGCUGUUACCUUCGAAGAUAUGACCACGAUUCUAGUUCAAGUAGAGAACUGUUUGAACUCGAGACCAAUCACUGCGUUAAGCGAUGACCCAAAUAAUCUUCAACCAUUGACACCCGGGCAUUUCUUAAUUGGUGAGGCGUUUCAACAACUACCAGAAAGAGACUACAGUGAGAUACCGAUGAAUCGACUAAAUCAGAGCCAAGUUCUACAGAAGAAACUUCAGCAUUUCUGGGAUAGAUGGAGUGUUGAGUAUCUUACGCAGCUGCAAGGACGGUAUAAGAGAUGGAAGUCACCGGUUAAAAUAUCUGUUGGGAGACUAGUCAUCAUCAAAGACGAUAAUCUACCACCCUGCCGCUGGAAGAUGGGACGAGUUGAGAAGCUGCAUCCAGGAUCAGACGGUGUUGUGAGAGUAGUAACUCUGAAGACCGCUACAGGACCUUCUACGCGACCAAUUGAGAAACUUUGCAUACUACCAGAAGCGUUUCAGCCUCAAGAAGAUGACCCACGUUCCUACGAAAACCAGACAGAUCAGACCACCCCCUUGUGUUCGUGA